AUGAACGAUGAGCCCUCGUCCUCCGCCGCAGCAGCCGACUAUCCCGAGCCAAUCUCUCAAGAUGAAGAGGCCGAACAGGAAGUGCCUAUCACGGCGGCGGAGGUCGCAAAGAGAAGAAAGAGAAAUCGCGAAAACUUCAACAAACGAAGAGGAGAGCUGCUGGAUGAUUUAUUGCGAAAUCUGGAUAUCCUCGUCUACGCUGAGCUGAGCGCAAUCUACUACAUGGAGUAUGUGUUCAGGCAAUACAACAUAUACGCACGCUGACGAAUCUUUUAGUUGCUCAUUCACGCGCUUCUUGCUACGCGCCAUCGUCCAGCUCAUGUUCCUCACACCGAAGCCUGCGCUCUUCCCCGAACCACCUCCGAAUCGUCCGUACAUUGGAGGAAUAUUUGGAAGUAACAUACUCUGCUUCCUGCUACAUGCCAUUUUCGCUGCGCCUUCUGCAGGCGAACAGACCAGGGGAUACCUACAUGGCGGCCUCGCAAUGGACUUCAUUGGGCAGAAAGGGCCGACAUCGAAAGUGCACCUUUUGGUAUUGGACAUUCUUGUACUAGUGAUGCAAGUUGUGCAAUUGAGUGUGCAUGUCUUAAAAAUGAAGUUGAAAGACGGAUCAUCGACUGCAGAAGCAACCCCCGUGGCUGUCACAACGAGUGAUGGAGACACGUACAGUGCUCAGCCCGUAUCAGCUGGACAGAGCUUGGACGAUGAAGAACGCGGAGUUAGACGGUCAGUGGAAGUGACGCAGGGACAGGAUAUUGAAAUGCAGAACCUGAGUGCUGGUGGGCUAGCAUCAGAUGCAGUAGAGCCCGAAUCUUCAGAGCGAGAAUCUCUGAUGGCAUCGACGUCAAUGCCCACCCGGACUGAUGCAUACAUCUUCGAUGCUUUCAAUUCUGGACAAAUUCUCAUCGCGGAUCUCGAUCUUUGGAAGACGGUCAGAGACGAGUUUGUUGCUUGGAAGAAGACGCCCAGGAGUGCAUCCACUACUGCUGCCAACGCAGAAGCGAACAGGCUCAUGCGAGAAAGGUUAACAAGAAGGAUGUUACGCUGGAGAGGAUAG